AUGGCCAGCCCCCUUAGUUUGCAAACGUCCGACGGUGGUACAAGCAGUCAUAUGUUCCUUAGUGAACUCCGUGAAGGGAGCACCGGACCUAUCAUGAUAAUGGUUUGUAGAAAAUGGGACGUGACAAGUGUUAACGGCAGGUACAUGAGCACCGACUAUAUUGUCACUGACAUAAAGGGAGGUGUGAUGCAUUGCACCGCAAGGAAUAACAUUGCCCACUAUUUCUUUGACAAACUCAAAGAGGGCGGUGUAUAUUUGGUCAACGGUUUCGCCGUGCAACCUACAAAUCAGUAUCGGGUUCUUAAAGACAGCCCCUUUGUGAUUGGGUUGCAUGGUUCGACAACUGUGAAGCGGGUUGAUGAUGACGGCGGUCGUUUUGAACGCUACCCUUUCCUGCUUACGUCGUUUGAGGAUCUCCAACCAACCGAAAACAAGUACUUCGUUGGUUACUCUUAA